UUUUGGGCCACCCGCACUAUGUCCUUGACCUCGGAAACUGUGGACGGAUAGCUUUCCUGGGAACGGAUAGCGAGCCGGAAUACACGCGCGGAUGUCUCGCAUUUUCUUGCACGAAACUUGCCUGGUUAUACACGAUACCGACGCUCGCCAAAUCGUCAAGGGCAUUGCUGACGUGCGAUGCCAGUCGCUGAUUGCAAAUGGUGUCGGCGGAAUUUCAAGACCGCGAGCGCCCUUUUCUUCUUGCCCUCCUCCGGCUGGCACUGGUCUCGUCCCUUCGCGAGCUUCUCUCCUGGUGAGGGGCCCUUUUGCUCAUCCCACUUCGUCUUUCUUUUCAACACGGGAUGUACCACUUUGAUACGUCGGAAGGGCCUGGAGUUGUCGUGCUGGCGUGCGCAGCUAUCAUCUCGCUGCUUUCGAUCUGUAUAUUCUUCUUGUACAAGCGGCUGCGGCUGCAGAAUUUCGGAAAUGCUUACAUCAAUGGUUACUUCAUGACCCUACUGGCUGCCAACUUUAUCCAAGCGUUCGGUACCGUGAUGAAUUUCCGAUGGGCACAGUUGGGUCGCACAGAGGACGGUUUCUAUUGUAUGGCCCAAGGCGGAAUCAAGAAUGCUGGAAACGUCGCAACGGCACUCUGGUCGUUCGGAUUGGCUAUGCAUCUGUUCACGCUCCUCUUUCUCCGCAUUCGCGCGUGUGCGUUCAGCUUCUGGGGAUCCCUGCUGGCAGGAUGGGGUCUCGUGCUGUUCAUCGUAUGCAUCGGACCGAUUGCGAUCGAGAAGCCAGGCAGCCCGUAUUUCGGGGUUUCCGGCGCCUGGUGUUGGAUUACCGACGACUACCCUUUGGAACAGAUCUAUUUGGAGUACUUCCUCGAGUACCUUUCGGCGGCACUGUGUAUGAUCCUGUACACAGCGAUCAUCCUGCGCAUGAGAGGCAACCUGCUUCGCGAGGAGGGCCGAUGGUGCAUCCGGUCGUUGCCCUCGGAUGAAGAGUCAUGGCAGCUAUCGCUCAGGAGAGAUUUGGUCGACUACACAAUGUUGGAGGCAAUUCAGCGGAUGGUUUGGUAUCCUCUUGCCUACACUGUGAUGUUGAUCCCGAUCACCAUUACCCGUUUGACAUCAUUUGCGGGCGGCGAUGUUCCCUUCUGGGCCAUUGUCAUUGCAGACGUAGUCUUCAAUCUUACAGGGUUCGUCAACGUGAUGAUUUUCCUCGCCAUGCGCCGGUUCUUCCCAGAUCCUCGCACCCUUCCAGAGCUUGCGAUGGCGCGCCCAGAUGUGCGCAAGUCACUGUUUAAGGCUGGCGGAAUCUCGCCGUUCACGUUGGAGCGCAGCGACGACGCGGAGAAAUUCGAUGUGGAGCGCCUGGCUCGGUCUCAGACGCCGGAUGUUAUGGUCUCGCUUCCGGCACUGGCGAAGGAAUGAGCAUCUUUUUACAUUUUUAUACCUUAUUAUACCUUGGAGAGCAGUCUUUGUUCAUUCUUUCAUCCUAACCCCUGCUGCUGCUCACUCGAGAUCGCCGAAAUUGUUGUACAGCCACCUCCAGCCUAAUCGUGUAAGGAUUCGUGUGGCCUGAUACAUGGCCGGAUCAUAU